AUGUACAGGACUAUGUAUGACAGUGCUCCAGACACCUUACUCCAAGGAAACCUUGGCUCCCAAGCCUUCCAAAGUGGCCUUGAUCUUGUCUGCGUCUUCCUUGGCGACGUUUUCUUUCAACACCUUAGGCGCAGCCUCCACGAACUUCUUGGACUCCACCAAAGACAAACCCAACAAGCUCUUGACCUCCUUGAUGAUCUUAGGCUUGGCCUUGGCGUCAAAGGAUUCCAACUUGAUGGAGAAAAUCGUCUUUUCCUCAACAACUUCUUGCACCUCUUCCUCCACUGGAGCAGCAGGAGCAGCAGGUCCAGCACCGGCGGCAGGAAGUGCAAUGUCAGAGAUGUUCAAUCUGGUUUUCAACUCGGUAAUCAAUGCAGAGGUCUCCAACAAGGUCAAUGUGGAGAUUUGGUCAACAAUUUGCGAGAUCUUAGGAUCCACUGGAGCUUUCUCGGCGGCGACAGCGUUGAAGCGCACGCACGCCCGCAAGUUUUGUCUGGCGAGAGCUCUGGCGACUGGUCUGACGGAUUGGCGCAACAUCGGUGUGGAAGGAUAGAUAUGAAGUCGAGUCGAAAAUUUUUUUUUGGCUUAGGGCGAGCGUGUGUGGGAUGUACGGGUGCCGCUCCCCCAUUUAUAGCAGGCCCAUGA